CCCAGGUAUAAGAGCUGAGCUCAGGUGAGCUGGCUCAUCCUGUCCUGUCUCAGAGGCUGUCAGCAGGCAGAUCAUGAGCCUUCGGCUCCUCCAGGGCAGGCUGUAGGACAACACAACUCUCGCCAAAGGACCAAGCACACCAGGCACCAUGGGACAGUGUCGGUCAGCCAACGCCGAGGAUGCCCAGGAAUUGAGUGACGUGGAGAGGGCCAUUGAGACCCUCAUCAAGAACUUUCAUCAGUACUCGGUGGAAGGUGGGAAGGAGACGCUGACACCCUCUGAACUACGUGACCUGGUGACCCAGCAGCUGCCUCACCUCAUGCCGAGCAACUGUGGGCUGGAAGAGAGGAUUGCCAACCUAGGCAGCUGUAACGACUCUCAGCUAAAGUUUGGGAGUUUCUGGGAGCUGAUUGGAGAAGCAGCCAAGAGCGUGAAGCUGGAGAGCCCUGUCCGGGGGAGCUGAGAACCUUCCCCUGGGAUUCUUGGGGGGAUUUUGGGGAUAGGGGACCUUAGAGACUGUGGGCAUGGAAAUAAAUCUCUCUUUACCAUCACCACACUGUUCCCCAGCUCGCACCUUUCUCACCUCUGCAAGGUUCAGGUUCCUUAUGGCCCCCCCACGGGGUCUCUGCACCUAAACCCUGGGAGCUCCAUGGAGCUAAUGGGUCCAGGAGGGGUCUGGGAGGGAUGGAUGUGGAGGGGUAAGGAUGGUGUGAGGGCCGCCCCUUUUGAUAGCGGGUGCAAGACAGAGGAGCUGGGCUAUGGGAAACGAUUGGAAAGGGCUGGAAGUUUGUAUUAGAAAUGAUCUCUAAGAACCUACCCCUCCUAAGCUCUUCCGCAGUCCAAUUAGCUAUCUGUCCAAUGCUCUCUCUUCCGGGCUCCAGCUCUUCCCCAGCCUCCUCCCAGGGCUGUCCUUGGGCAAGGGUGGGGGAAGUGGGAGCACAGGGCGGGGACAGGCUAAGGAGGGUGCAACCUUGGGAGUGAGAAGAACCAGCUGGGUGCUUGGGCAUUUAAAGAAUGAUGGUUAUUUUGUAUCAUUUGAUUAAUAAAAA